AUGAGUGUCGCCAGCUGCUCCAGGUGUGUGGGUGUGUCCCUCGUUCCCAUGGCAAUUGUGUGCAUGUUGGCCAAUGGCCUGUUGCUGUUGCCAAACCUUCAGGCAUGCUACCUGUUGGAUGGUCACGUGACCAGAGAGGCCACGUGGGGCACAGGCCUGUGGGCCUCUGGAUUCCUGGUGAGACAACAAUGCUGUGUGUGUGUGCAUGCGAGUGUGCGUUCAUGUAUGUGUUGUCCUAAUAAGGUCAUGACAUGACAGUCAUCAUGACACUCAUUCCUGAAAAAAAAGAAAAACCCCAUUGUCCAAAAAAUGACCAAUCACAUGACCAAUAUCUGUGCUCACAUGACCAAUAUCUGUGCUCGGAUUGGAUUCCUUAAAAUAUACAGUUGAAGUCGGAAGUUUACAUACACUUAGGUUGGAGUCAUUAAAACUCGUUUUUCAACCACUCCACAAAUUUCUUGUUAACAAACUAUAGUUUUGGCAAGUCGGUUAGGACAUCUACUUUGUGCAUGACACAAGUGAUUUUUCCAACAACUGUUUACAGACAGAUUAUUUCACUUAUAAUUCACUGUAUCACAAUUCCAGUGGGUCAGAAAUGUACAUAUACUAAGUUGACUGUGCCUUUAAACAGCUUGGAAAAUUCCAGAAAAUUAUGUCAUGGCUUUAGAAGCUUCUGAUAGGCUAAUUGACAUCAUUUGAGUCAAUUGGAGGUGUACCUGUGGAUGUAUUUCAAGGCCUACCUUCAAACUCAGUGCCUCUUUGCUUGACAUCAUGGGAAAAUCAAAAGAAAUCAGCUAAGACCUCAGAAAAAAAAUUGUAGACCUCCACAAGUCUGGUUCAUCCUUGGGAGCAAUUUCCAAAUGCCUGAAGAUACCACGUUCAUCUGUACAAACAAUAGUACGCAAGUAUAAACACAACGGGACCACGCAGCCGUCAUACCGCUCAGGAAGGAGACACGUUCUGUCUCCUGGAGAUGAAUGUACUUUGGUGUGAAAAGUGCAAAUCAAUCACAGAACAACAGCAACGGACCUUGUGAAGAUGCUGUAGGAAACAGGUACAAAAGUAUCUAUAUCCACAGUAAAACGAGUCCUAUAUCGACAUAACCUGAAAGGCCGCUCAGCAAGGAAGAAGCCACUGCUCCAAAACCACCAUAAAAAAGCCAGACUACGGUUUGCAACUGCACAUGGGGACAAAGAUUGUACUUUUUGGAGAAAUGUCCUCUGGUCUGAUGAAAAAAAUAGAACUGUUUGGCCAUAAUGACCAUCGUUAUGUUUGGAGUAAAAAGGGGGUGCUUGCAAGCUGAAGAACCCCAUCCCAACCAUAAAGCACGGGGGUGGCAGCAUCAUGCUGUGGGGGUGCUUUGCUGCAGGAGGGACUGGUGCACUUUACAAAAUAGAUGGCAUCAUGAGGAAGGAAAAUGAUGUGGAUAUAUUGAAGCAACAUCUUAAGACAUCAGUCAGGAAGUUAAAGAUUGGUCGCAAAUGGGUCUUCCAAAUGACCCCAAACAUACUUCCAAAGUUGUGGCAAAAUGGCUUAAGGACAACAAAGUCAAGGUAUUGGAGUGGCCAUCACAAACCCUGACCUCAAUCCUAUAGAAAAUGUGUGGGCAGAACUGAAAAAGCGUGUGCGAGCAAGGAGGCCUACAAACCUGACUCAGUUACACCAGCUCUGUCAGGAGGAAUGGGCCAAAAUUCACCCAACUUAUUGUGGGAAGCUUGUGGAAGGCUACCCAAAACGUUUGACCCAAGUUAAACAAUGUAAAGGCAAUUCUACCAAAUACUAAUUGAGUGUAUGUAAACUUCUGACCCACUGGGAAUGUGAUGAAAGAAAUUAAAGCUGAAAUAAAUCGUUCUCUCUACUUUUAUUCUGACAUUUCACAUUCUUAAAAUAAAGUGUUGAUCCUAACUGACCUAAAACAGGGAAUCUUUACUAGGAUUAAAUGUCAGGAAUUGUGAAAAACUGAGUUUAAAUGUAUUUGGCUAAAGUGUAUAUAAACUUCUGACUUCAACUGUAUAAAUAUAUAUAAAUAUACAGGACUAAUUUUGCUAAUUAUAAACCAACUUAAAAUAAUCUACAUAAUGUGUGUGUAUAUACUAUUUGUGGGGGCGGGCACGUGUCACUGCAUGGAGCCUAUUUAAGUUUUGUCAAGUAGCGAGUUUAUGUUCCUCAUCCAGUACUGCCGCAGUUAUCAGGAUCUCUCUUUCUCCCUCUCCGUCACAUUCGGUCUCUAGAAUAUUCUGUCUCACUCCAUCAGGUAAGGCUCAAGCUAAUAAUCACUAUGUGGUCAUUUUCUUGGCUAAUAUCCUUUUUUAUUCUCUUGACUGAUCUCAGACCGGUUUUUCUGAGUGAAAUAGAACUUCUCUGUAGGUGAGAGGUUUGUUGUGUAUUACAAGAGCUACAAAAUAAGCAACAGUGGCACUCUAAAGAAAAAAUAAUAAUACAGAUAAUAAUUACUCUGAAGUUAUUCUGACUCUCUUCUCUUCAUCCUCCUUGCCGGACGUCUACCACAGAGAUGAGUGUCGCCAGCUGCUCCAGGUGUGUGGGUGUGUCCCUCGUUCCCAUGGCAAUUGUGUGCAUGUUGGCCAAUGGCCUGUUGCUGUUGCCAAACCUUCAGGCAUGCUACCUGUUGGAUGGUCACGUGACCAGAGAGGCCACGUGGGGCACAGGCCUGUGGGCCUCUGGAUUCCUGGUGAGACAACAAUGCUGUGUGUGUGUGCGUGCGAGUGUGCGUUCAUGUAUGUGUUGUCCUAAUAAGGUCAUGACAUGACAGUCAUCAUGACACUCAUUCCUGAAAAACCCCAUUGUCCAAAAAAAGGCAGAUUGUGGUUUGAGGGUGGAUUGUCAUGUGUCUGAUAUGUCUGUUGUCUGUUUUUAAGCUAAAUUUAGAGUCAGUCACAGUGUUAGGAUUUUUUGCAAGUUGUUGUUGCUGCUAUUGUUGACAAUAAUACUGUAAUAAAUAAAUCAAUUAUUGGAGGGAAGUGAAUGUGUAGCAUUCUACUGAAUAGGCAUUCCAUGUACAAAUUAUAUUCUGACCAUCACUGAAACAUUCAAACAAAUGUAAUCUUAUUUCAAUGGUACAUUUCAUUGAGCUUUUUCUGUUUUUCUGAAGGUUCUAAUUGGGGCUCGGGGGUUUGUGAUUGGCAGCUCUAGGGAAGGCCGCUGUGCAUACAGGAUAGAGGUGAGGCUGUCACCUGUUUUCAUCCAAAUCUGGGCACCUCAGGACCGCAUUAGCUAGGGCGAGGUUACUAAUCAAACUAGUGUGGUUCACCCACCGAUCCACCUCCACCAUUACAUCUUCAUGUCCUCUAUCUGACUAGUUUUAACGGUCUUCCGUAUACCUAUGUGACCUGCCUGCUGGGUUGUGGUGUACAUCCUGAAAUAAUUAGAACUAGUCUGGAAGCGCAUUGUCCUUUCUAUCAAAUUCUCAUGGGUUAUUGGAUAGAGACAGAGAGAGACGGAAUAGUUAGGAGAGAGUUUUUGCAUUUCAGUGGGCCGGAAUUGAAGGUCAGUGGGCCGGAAUUGAACCCACGCCAACUUCAGUUUACAUGUGCUACUACAGAGAUGUCCCAGAGAUGUGUUCUAUCCACUUGCAACCACCCCAGGCCCCCUUUCUAUCAAAUUGUAAAAGUAUGGAUCUUCCGCCCUCUUGUGGCCAGAUGCUGUGCCAAGUGGGGUGUUCCUGCGUGGCUCUGGCUGCUGCAGCCUUCUGCUGCCUAGUGAGCGCCACAGGACUGGUACAGGGACCACUGUGUCUGCACAACAGCACACAAGGUCUGGCCUGGGAGAUGCCACUCAAACCACAGAAAACCGGGUGAGUGUGUGUGUGUGUGAGGGGGGGGGGGGGGGGAGUUCUCAAUUCCUUAAAAGCAGUUUCGAGAACUGUGGUGUGUGUGGUCUAAAGCAGAACAACAAUUACCAGUAAUCAUUUUCUACACUUUGUACAGCUUGUGUUCACUAGUUCUAUGUGUUAUGAAUGUCAAUUUAGUUUAACCGUACUUUUCUUUGUAGAGAUCCCAUCUACCUGUAUGAUAGAACAUUAUGGCCAGCGGCCUGCGAGGAGCCACGGAACGUUGUUCAAUGGAACGUAGUGCUGUUUUCUGUUCUCAUGGCAACCAGUGGACUGCAGGCCCUUCUUUGUGCAGCACAUACAAUCAAUGCUAUCCUUGGCAUAAUAUUUGGGCCAAGAUUCUGCAAAAACAAG